AUGGACAAUAGUCAAGUUCUUGCUCUCAUUGAACGGAAGAUGCAUGUCGAUGAUAGGAGAGUGUGGUUCCGGCACUUGGAGCAAGAUGGAAAGCCAGCAUUUUUAAGUUACCUCAUAGAGUGGAUGACAUCUGAGAUGAAGUCUCGAAUGAGAGCCGCAGCCCCAGUGCGUGCUGAAGAGAAGAAAGCCGGAAAAGUGUUUCAAGUUAGCAGUGUCCAGAGUAAUUCUGCUAAGCCAGAUGUUAUGUUCUUCAAAUGUUGGCUUUGCAUGACAUCAGAUCAUUGGACUGACCAGUGCAAAAAGCUUCUUAGCAUGACCCAGUCUGACCGUUUGAAUGUGGCUAAGAAGAACCAAGCCUGCUUCAGCUGUCUUAAGAAGGCGGGCAAGGAUCAUAGAAUGAAUACCUGCAAGAGAAGAAAGCAAUGCACUGAAGUGACUGGAGGUCAGCAAUGCAGAUACUUCCAUCAUCCUCUCCUUCAUAAGUCAGAAGAACAGAGUAACACUGUGGGUGUAGCUAUCACCACCAAUACAGAUACACUGUUGCCAGUUGUUACUGCUGAGAUAGUUUCUCCCAGUAAGCAGGAACGGAUUGAAGGAAAUGUGCUACUCGACUCCGGAUCACAGUUAAGUAUCGUGCGACAGGAAGUAGCUGACAGACUGAGAAUGAAGGGAAAGAAAGUCUCGGUCACUAUCACCAAGAUUGGCUGUGAUGAGGAGCAAGUCCAGACGGAGAUAUAUCGAUUCCCUGUUCAAACUAUUGGUAGUAACCAAAGGCAUUAUGUGACUGCAAUAGGACUGCCACACAUCAGCAAUGAUAUUUCUGAGGUACCAUUGAAGGGAGAAUGUAAGAAGAUGCACUUAAGUCCCCAAGAAGUGCAUAGGAAGAGUGGUACAGUUGAUUUACUAAUAGGACUGGACCAUAAAGUAGGGCGUCAGUGGAUGAUCCCUUAUCCUUGGAAAAGGGAUCCGAGUCAUCUCCCUGAUAAUAAGAUGCAGGCAGAGAGGAUGCUUGCUGGAACUGAAAAGAAACUGGUCAUAAAUCCUGAGUAUGCAGAGGCCUACAGCAAGCAAAUGAAAGAGAUGACAGAGAUGGGGUUUUCAAGAAAGUUGACUCAAGAAGAGAUGAAGAACUAUCAAGGCCCGGUGCACUACAUCAGUCAUCAUGCCGUAGUCAGGCCAGAGAAGAAAUCUACCCCCUUACGAAUUGUUUUCAAUUCUUCCUCAAGUUUCCAGGGUCAUUGUCUUAACGACUACUGGAUGAAGGGACCGGAUUUGCUGAAGGAUCUGUUUGGAGUUCUGUUAAGAUUCAGAGAGAGACCUGUAGCCAUAUUAGGUGACAUAUCCAAGAUGUACCACCGUGUCCUCAUUCCAGAAGCAGACCAACACGUGCAUAGAUAUCUCUGGAGAGACUUGAAUGUGAAACAAGAGCCAGAUGUAUAUGUGAAGAAAGUGGUAACAUUCGGGGAUAAGCCUGCCCCCGCAAUGGCCCAAAUAGCUCUCAGACGCACUGCAGAGGAAGGAAGAAGUGCAUAUCCGGAAGCUGCAAGUGUAAUAGAAAGGGACACUUACAUGGAUGAUAUAUGCACAUCAGUGUCUACAGUUGAAAAAGGUCGUAAUCUCACACACGACCUGGAUGAAGUGUUGGAUACUGGCGGUUUCAAGGUCAAAGGCUGGAUAUCAAAUGUCCCACUGAAGGAGGAGACGGUUCCUGAAUGCCAGACAGAGACAAGUUUGCUAGGGAAUUUGACGGAAGAAAAGGUGCUUGGAGUUGUGUGGACCCAGCAACAAGAUGAGUUCUCUUAUAAAGUCAAAGGAGAAAACUUAACUCAGCUCAGUGAGAAGCAGACCUCUGUGAUGUGGACGAAGAGACGAAUCUUGAGUCGCAUUGCUAAGGUAUUCGACCCGAUUGGUUUUGCUGCUUCUUUCUUAGUGAAAGCUAAGAUAGGAAUGCAACGGCUGUGGGAGAUUGGAGUCGGAUGGGAUGACGAGUUACCAGAGGAGAUAAGUGCAGAAUGGGAUAAACUCUUCAAUGAGAUGAAGGCUCUGAAUGACGUGAGGUUCCCGAGAAGUUUAACACCAUCACAGUCUGUAGGUGUACCCAUGCUAGUUGUAUUUUGUGAUGCAUCAGAAGAAGCCUUCGGAACAUGUGUAUACAUCAGGUGGAAACUGACUGAUGAUGAAUAUGAUGUUAGAUUCAUUGCUGCCAAAUCCAGAGUGGCACCUCUCAAGAAGCUAACGUUGCCACGUCUAGAACUACAAGCAGCAGUGAUGGCGACUAGAUUGUACACAGCUAUCAAAGAAGAACUUACUCUUGAGCUUGAUAGUGCUGUAUUCAUGACAGACAGCAUGAUCGUUCUUGGGUGGAUCCGAAGUAAAGCUAGAGCCUACAAGCCGUUCGUGUCUGCCAGAGUGGGUGAAAUUCAGACAAAUUCCAACCCUUCUUGGUGGAGACAUGUACCCGGAGACCAGAAUCCUGCUGAUGAUAUAUCCCGAGGCAUCCCUCCUGAGAAGCUAACAGAGAUAUGGGAGAAUGGACCAGAAUUUCUCUACUGGCAUGAUAAUAGAUGGCCAAGUACUGAGGAGACUCCUGAUAGCAGAGAGGUAGAGAAAGAGAAGCGUAAAGUUCACCAGGUGGCCUUAGCAGAGGUUCAGUCAGAACCCAUCGACUGCAAGAAGUUUUCUAGAUGGAGGAAACUUGUUAGAGUUACAGCUUAUGUUCAGAGAUUCGUCAGAAACUUGAAGGCGAGAUGUAACAAACACCAGAUACUGACAUUCAACCCUCUGAUAAUAAGCAAAUCUCACCAUCAGAGCUAG